CGGAUCCGCACUGAGGCCGUUCAAUCUCGUUCUCAUCAGAUGCAAUCAAGGGCAACACGAAUGUUUUUUUGGAAUAGUAACUGAGAUAUAAGUCAGAAUGUUUGGUCGAUCACGACCCUGUCAAUCACGAUGCGACCUCUCUCAGCAAAGCCCAUCUUGUUUCUCAUCAUCAAAUGGUUUUCGGAUGUUGUAUUCGCCCAUGGAAACACCGAACGCUGCUGCAAGGAACUUUCCUCGUCUCUCCACGUCGCCACACCUGGCUCACAACAUUAUGACACACAUUUAAACACUUACUUCUCACUUGAUCAAGGUCGCAUGCAACCCGCUUGCGUUGUCUUUCCCUCGGAUGCCUCUCAGGUGUCCACGGCCGUGUCUGUGGCUUCACACCACGCGUGUCGGUUUGCAGUCAAAAGUGGAGGGCAUAUGGCCUGGAUUGGCGCAUCCAACAUCGGUGCCGACGGAUUCGCGAUUGAUCUCGAGAACAUAAACACGCUGACUAUCUCUGAUAAGGGCGAUAGCGUGGCUCUAGGAUCUGGAUUGCGCUGGAAAGACGUAUACGACUAUCUCGAGCCUCUCAAUCUAACUACAGUUGGCGGUCGGAUGUCAGGUGUUGGAGUCGGAGGGUUUAUUCUCGGUGGUGGCAUUUCUUUCCUCUCAUACCGACAUGGGUUCGCCAGCUCGAACGUUAUUAAUUUUGAGGUGGUCCUUUCAUCAGGAGAAAUUGUCAACGCCAACUCAACGAGCCACCCAAGUCUUUACUGGGCUCUGAAGCUUAGCAGCACCAACUUUGGGAUCGUCACACAAUUCACCAUGUCCACGUUCCCUAUGAAUAACGUCUUUGGUGGCGCUCAAGUCUUCGCGAUAGAAGAAUCUCAAGCACUAGUGCUCUCCCUUGUCCAGUCUACAGCUUCCCUCAAUAAAAAUCCCGAUCAAUCACUCGGCUUGCUUCUCACCUGGUCGGCUGCUGUGCAGCGAUAUGUCGUCUGGGCCCCACGCAUCCAGGUAGACACCUCAAGUGUGCCUCCGCCUCUUACAUCUGCUUCGCCUCUUCUUGAUACUCUCAGGAUAACCAAACUGAGUGACAUUUUCACGGAGUGGUCUGGCGAAGAGUCUUCCAUCCGCGGGUACAACGAGUGGCUGACCCUGACUAUCAAGAUAGAUAGUCAGCUACCGCUAGAUAUCUUUGUGAAGGGCCAAGCGCUCUUUGGACCCUUCAUCGAACGAGCUGGAUAUCAUUGGGGCUUCGCCGUCCAGCCACUUUCGCGACGAAUGAUUCGGGAAAGCAUGGACAGGAAUGGCGGUAACCCCUCCUCGUUGUCUCCUAAUGAAGAUUUGUUCGUCUUGCUGUUCGUUUCCUCGUGGACGGAUCCUGCUGAUGGCGAAGAGAUGCGCACUGUGAUUCGACAGUUGGCAAGUUGGUCUCAACAGGAGGCGAUCGAGAGGGAUUUGCUGGAGGAUUUUGUCUAUAUGAAUUAUGCCUCGGGAGUGCAGGACGCACUCAUGAGGUCCAUCGGCCCCGAAAAUCUCUCCCGCAUGCUGGAUAUCCAGAAGCAGUAUGAUCCUGGCAACGUCUUUGGGACGCUUUGGUCGGGAGGGUUCAAGUUGCGAGACCCGACCGUGGAUGUUGCUGACACGCGUCGGGACAUAUCGGAACUGUAGGCACUUCUGAUGUGACAAAGAACGGCUUGGUAGGUAUGCAGCAUCACACGACAGUAAAAAUUUCUUACGGUACAAAGAGAAGUAAGGAUACGGUAAAGAUCAUAGAAAAAGUUGAUGAAUUGACACUGCAGGUAUACUUAAUAUAGCUUCAGACU